AUGGCAAUCAGAGAUUUCGAGGAAGACAUUGACAACGCAGACGACAAGUAUCACGAGUCUUCCGACGAGGACUUCAAUCCCGAAUCAGCGCCUCCCGAGGACGUCUCGAGCUCUGAAGAUGAGGACGAGCAAGUCGCAACGAAAGUGGUGCAGCGCAAGGGCAAGCGGAAAGCGCCUGAUGAUGAGGAGCUAGACUCUGGGGACGAAGUGACGAUACAGGCGGCGCGCAAGAAGCGGUCAAAGAAGAACAAGAAGAAGGGAGCAAAAGCCGACGACGAUGAGCUGAUACUAUCCGAAGACGAAGGCGGCGAGGGUGGGCUGAUCAAGACGAGAGCACAACGCAGAGGGGAACACAGGGAACGAAGGCCCCUGGCAAGAACUCAAGGCGCAACAGUUGACGUUGAUGCAUUAUGGGCCCAAAUGACCGCCGCGCCUCUGCAACCUCUCCAACCAACCCUCGCACAAGAAACAGAUGCACCAAAAGACGAAUCCACAACCAACACAAUCCCCCCACCCAUCGCCGAGGAAGAAGAGCAAAUCCCCAUUCGCAAAGUCUACACCUUCGCCGGCCAAGACACCACAGAAGAGAAAUCCAUCCCCCGCUCCCACCUCCCCAAAUACCUCACCCUAGGCUGGAAACCUGUCGAUUCCACCGCCACCACCACCUCCCCCGAUCACCCCACCUCCCCAUCCACCACAACCGCAAACGCAACCGUGCCGCCAGUAUCUCAAAUCCGUCGGCCCCUCCGCCGCCCCACACGCUUCGACCCAAACCCCACAGGCUACGUCCGCGCCCUCGCCCCAGAACACCAACUCUUCUGGCCGCGCCAGCCUCCCAAAACAACCCACACACCCACCGCCCUAUCACGAGAGCAAGAAAGCACAAUGCCCCCUCCACCACCAGACACACAGGCCCCCGGCAAACCGCCCAAAGCCACCAAACUCAACGUCGUGGACAAGUCGCGCAUGGACUGGACGGGCUUCGUGGACAAGGAAGGUAUUGCCGAGGAAUUGGAUACCCAUGGCAAGACCAAGGAGGCCUACUUGGGACGCAUGGAGUUUUUGGCUGGCGUCGAGGCGAGGAGGGAGGAGGAGCGGUUGAAUGCUAAGAUGAAGGCUGCUGCGGCCGUGUAG